CAGUCGUCAGUACUGAGAACAUUUUAACAGAAGUGAAGUUUGGGCGGACGUAGCUAGCUGCGUCGCUGUCCUCUUACCAAUAAAAUACCUAGCUGCUGUCACACCGUUUCAGCUCUUUUGGACUUUUAGCCACGCAGGCUUGACUAUGGCGGUGGUCCGGGUACUUUUGUGUGUCCUGCCCGUGUUUGUCGCUCUAGUCUCGGAGAGGUGUGUGGUGCUGGCUGCCUACUCUCAGUCUUUGGACAGCGACUUCACAUUCACUCUGCCCGCCGGUCGCAAGGAGUGUUUCUACCAGACCAUGAAGAAAGAUGCCUCUCUGGAGAUUGAAUAUCAGGUAUUAGAUGGAGCAGGUCUCGAUGUAGAUUUCUUUAUCUCCUCUCCUUCUGGCCAUGUGCUGUUCAGUGACUACCGCAAGUCAGAUGGAGUGCACACUGUUGAAACUGAGGAUGGAGACUACAUGUUCUGCUUCGACAACACGUUCAGUUCUGUCUCAGAGAAGCUCAUCUUCUUUGAGUUGAUCCUGGACAACAUGGAUACAGAUGAAGACCCGGACGACUGGAAGGAGUAUGUCCAAGGAACAGACAUGUUGGACAUGAAGCUGGAAGACAUUAUGGACACCAUCAACAAUGUGAAGAGUCGGCUGGGCAAAAGUGUGCAGAUACAAACGCUGCUGCGGGCGUUCGAGGCUCGCGAUCGAAACAUCCAGGAGAGUAACUUUGACAGGGUGAACUUUUGGUCGGUGAUAAAUCUCAUUGUUAUGAUGUUGGUAUCGGCGGUCCAGGUCUACCUAGUCCGCUCGCUGUUUGAAGAUAAAAGGAAAAUUCGUACAUAACGCUACCCCAAAGGGAGGGACAGAGAGAGAGAGAGAAACUAACGCACCACAGAUACCCUUCAGGAUUUCACCAGAUCUCCUGGAUUGUGACAAUGUGUCAUCUAUACACAUGCAUAUGCACGCACACAUACGCAAACAGACAGACAGACAUUUGGUAUUCUUGAUAACAUAAGUCACCACUGUUGUUGCUCUGGUCUUCAGUCCACUGGAGUUUGAGGGACAGUGGGAGUCCCUGGUUUGGAACAGGAACUGUCAGCCCCUCUACUCAAACUCAGUCUCUUUGUUACAGAAAAAAAUCUCUUUGUCUCUCUUCAAAACUUGUAUAUUGUUUUAUAGUCUUAUAGUUGCUGUAAUUCUUCACAGAAAGUGACAUAACAAGCACGUUUAUGAUGUGACUAUUUUUCUAAUGGAGCCUAAAGUUACGAGGCAACUUGCCAAUUGCAA